GCGUCAUCUAACCUUAUAAAUAUUUGUUUGUCUUAAAAUUAAAAUAAGCCAAAUUUAUAAUCAUGGAAUCAUCAAACGAAGCUGACUUAGAUGUGGACAUGGCAGAAGUUAAAAGAGUUCUAGAUGAUGCAAAUAUGUUUGAACCCAAUAUGUCAAAGGAUAAUAUGUUGUCCUAUUAUAAAGUUUUAAUAAAUUCAAAAAGUACUGCAUCGGAAGAAGAUCAUACAAGACGACUCAACGAAAGUCAGGAAGAACUUAUGAGUCUUCUUGAAGAAGAAAAUGUAGAAAAUACUCCAGCGAAAAGUAAAGAAAAGCCAUUUAUACCAAAGGCCUGGACUUCGGAAAAGAAACCUUCAGAAAGUGCCUUGGAACAUAAUAAUAAUGAAAAUAUUUUAGAAGAUAACAUAGAUGAUAUAAUUAAUGAUUCGCCUAAAGAUGCCACUAAAGUGACAUUUGGUUUUAAUGAAAUGGCAAAAGAUUCAGAAUACACCAUAACCUUAAUUACUCAUGAAUUAAAAUUUGUACCAAUACAAAGUACAGCCAAAUUUUUAAACGCUGGAACAGCUUUAAAAGCAAAAAUGUUGUAUGCGUACCACACAAAAAUGAAUAAAAUGAAGACAGAAUUGGCAAGGACAUCUUUUUAUCCAGCUCCCCUGCCCAAGAUUACGAGUACAACAGAGACUUUCCCAAGCUUUUCUGACAGUGAUGUCCCAGCAACUUAUACUUGCCGUUCUGGACGUCAGACGAAAAGGAAAGUUUAUAACUACGAUGAUGACGAUGACAGCUUAGAUGGUAUUACUAACAAAAAAGUGAAGAAUUCAGAUGAACAGGAGUGGUUAAAUAAAUCAACUCCAAUUAAGAGCACUGUGCGAACACAUAAAAAGCAAGAAACUAAUAAAAUUGGUGCAGAAUUUAAGACUGAAUCUGAAGAUAUCAAUAAAGAAAAGAAAAAUAUCCCGAAAAAGGAAACUAGAACUGCUUUGUCUCGAAAAUUGUCUAAUGCGGAAAUUAUGAAACGUAGUAAUAUAUUUGGUGAUUUGCCAAAGCGUAGAUGUGAGGCGAUGUUUGACAAAUUAAAAGAAGAGGAAGAAAAGAAGGAGAAAGAGGAAAAAACUAUGGAGGCAUUUAAUAAAACCUUGGAAAAAUUAGAUGAAGAAAAUAUUGAGGCCUCAUCGAAUGAAGAAAUUAUUACAGUUGAAGAUGAGGAAUUCGUUAAAAGAAGGGUCGUUCCUCCUUUACCAAGAAAAUUAAUCAACAGAAAAAGACACAAUCCUGAAGGUUUGGCACCUCUCGACAUAAAAGUGAACUCACCAAUUCAAAAGAAAGAGUCCUCUCGAGAGCAGAAUGACACAAUCCAAGAAAAUGAUACCCCACCAAAAUCGUAUUUGAAAAAAAGACCUGCCAUUCGUAAAACAUCAACAUCGGAUUCCACUGAACCUCUACCAUCUACCAGUCGAACUUCAAAGACCACGACAACUAAUACUGUGAUCUGUCCUAUCUGUAACGGUUCUUUCAAGGAUAAAGUAAUUAUGGAUCACGCAGCUACCUGUGGAGAAGAUCCUACACGUUCGAAGUCCAAAAUCUCUAGAAUAACUUGUGAGAUUUGUGAUAAAGUCGUCGAUAUGAACACUGAAUACGAAGUUCACGUGAAAGAUUGUAUUCGAAAGAAAAAGGAGAAGGACUAACUAGGCAAUACUUAAUUACUUUCAUUGUUAAAGAAAACUUGUUUUAAAAUCAUAAAUGAGGUUUUGAAUAAUUUAUUCGUGUCGUAAGAUG